UCGUCCGUGCACCAGUGUCCAUUCUGCCGCUGCGGCAACUACCCACGCCACCGCCACCGCCACAGCCAUUCCGGCAUGGCGAAGCCUACGCGCCACACCCUGACCACGCCGUCCGCCCACCCUCGCGGGAUCCCGAAACGCGCGCUCCCGCGACUCGCUGCGGCGCUCUUUUUUGUAACCCUCGUCGGCGUCGCGCUGCCCUUGGCCGUGCUGCACCGCGCCGCCGUCUCGCGGCACUCGCUUGAGGACCCGUGGGGGCGGUACCCGCUUCCUUCGCUCGCCGCAGACGACGAGGAGAGCGCCCAAGGUGAUGAUCUGGACAGUGAGGAUCUCGAACUUGACCGAGUUUUGCAGAAGGCUUCAAUGAAGGACAACACAGUUAUAUUGACUACACUUAAUGCUGCAUGGGCUUCUCCUGGCUCGGUGAUAGAUCUAUUUGUUGAUAGUUUUCGCUCUGGUGUUAGAACAAGUUCACUCUUGAACCAUCUAGUCAUUAUAGCGUUUGAUGGGGAUGCGUACAGACAAUGUGCCAAGAUCCACCACUAUUGCUUUGCUCUUGGAACUGAAGGUGUGGAUUUUUCUGAAGAGAAGAGGUUCUUGACUUCUGGGUAUCUGGAGAUGAUGUGGAAAAGACUAGAUUUCUUGCGGCUGGUUCUUGAAAAGGGCUACAGCUUCAUAUUCUCGGAUGCAGACAUAAUGUGGUUUCGCAAUCCAUUUCCUCACUUCUAUCCUAAUGGUGACCUUCAGAUUGCUUGCGACCACUAUGUUGGGAAUGCAACAGACUUGAGAAACAUUGCUAAUGGAGGCUUCAAUUAUGUGAAAUCGAAUGAACGGACCAUAGAGUUCUACAGUUUCUGGUACUCAUCACGAUUGAGAUAUCCUGGCUACCACGAUCAGGAUGUCUUCAAUGCUAUUAAGCAUGAUCCAUAUGUCGCAGACAUUGGGCUGGAAAUUAAGUUUUUAAGUACAGCAUACUUUGGUGGAUUCUGUGAACCAAGCAGAGAUUUAAAUAAGGUCUGCACUAUGCACGCUAACUGUUGCAUCGGUUUGCGGAGCAAGAUUCAUGAUCUAAGGAUUAUGAUGGAAGAUUGGAAGAACUAUUUGUCACUGCCUCCAAGCUUGAAAAGAUUGUUGACAUUGUCCUGGAGGGUGCCACAAAAUUGCAGCCUUUCUUCGCUAAACUAAUAAAAAUCCAUGCUUAUGGAACACAAAAGGAAAUGAGAACAGUGGAGCAUGCAUAAGGUGUUCUCCACAUUUUCAUCAAAGAACUAACUGGAAGGUCGGGCUACUAACUUCAUUAGUGUUUCCCCCCAUACUUUACCAACUUCAAUUUGAUGUAAUUAGAAUUUGAUGUCGUAGUUAAUCGGAUAUGUGCUGACCUCUGUAUGGAUGAAACAUAACUUCCUUGAAUGAUCAUGUUUAUCUUUCGAAAAAGGAACGAGCAUGCCUGCUGAGAUGAGAGACAGAUCACAGAAAACAACUCGUUUUUUCUGUGUAUUGUCAUCGGGUUUUUAUAUUAGACAUGAAAUGAUGUAUGCGCUUCUCAAUAUUUUGAUUGACUUCAGGUACUUUCUGGCGACCCUCAAAUGCAGUUACUUUCCUAUUUUGAACUCAUGAUGCUGGGCAUCAUCAGUAGUGUUAGUAGUAGACGGCAGCUGUAGUUGUGCCCGGGGUUUGUGUUGGAAAAAGGAUGCCAUCCAAGCAAAUGAUUUGCAUAUAUGUAUUUUUUGACAUGGAUUUUCAUAUUUCUUAGCAAAAUUACUUUUUGCAUAUAUUCUAUAAAUAAAUAAAAAAGUUAACAUUCUGCCUAUACUUGGAUCAGUUUUAGUUUUUUUAGGACAAGAACCAGUUUUAGUUUUUUUUAGGACAAGGACCAGUUUUAGUUUUUUUUAGGACAAGGACCAGUUUUAGAGAGAAAUUGUUGGAGAGCUCUGUAAUAUUGGGCUUCCUGGCACGGGCCAUACAGCAAAAAGCGUAGGCGGUAGGUCCGCUCAGCUUGUUG